GUUGCUUGGUGUUUGAUUCACAGUUCGUCUAAGGAUUAUCUGUGGACACAUUCUAAUGAUUUACAUAUAUUAUACGAAGUAAAUCAACCUCAACAAUUGAAUAUUAAUUUAUGACAAAUGACGGUUCUUUUAUAACUAAAUGCUAUAUUUUGUUCUGUUUCUUUGUGUCUAUUCAUAUUCCUGAAAUUCUUUCCUGUUAGAAACUGAAAGUAAAUUCGACCACUUUUCUCUCUUUCUGUGGCUUCAGCCCACAGGGUUUUCGACUUGCAAGACAACAGGAGAAAUGAUUGAUAUGGAACCAACCAGACCAGUCCUCUUCAGCAUUGUGAGGCCUCCUCUCUGAGAGUUAUAAUGAGUUAUCAUCAGAUUGAUAUGGAACCAGACCAGUCCUCUUCAGGAUUCUGAGGCCUCCUCUCUGAGAGAUAUAAUGAGUUAUCAUCAGAUUGAUAUGGAACCAACCAGACCAGUCCUCUUCAGCAUUGUGAGGCCUCCUCUCUGAGAGUUAUAAUGAGUUAUCAUCAGAUUGAUAUGGAACCAGACCAGUCCUCUUCAGGAUUCUGAGGCCUCCUCUCUGAGAGUUAUAAUGAGUUAUCAUCAGAUUGAUAUGGGACCAGACCAGUCCUCUUCAGGAUUCUGAGGUCUCCUCUCUGAGAGUUAUGAUGAGUUAUCAUCAGAUUGAUAUGGGACCAGACCAGUCCUCUUCAGCAUUGUGAGGCCUCCUCUCUGAGAGUUAUAAUGAGUUAUCAUCAGAUUGAUAUGGGACCAGACCAGUCCUCUUCAGGAUUGUGAGGUCUCCUCUCUGAGAGAUAUAAUGAGUUAUCAUCAGGGGGCUGAGGGUGGAGCCAUCCCUAAAGAAAGACAGAAGGAUGGGUCACCAAACAAGGAUCUUAAUGUGACCAUGGACCCUGAUAUGAGGGGCCAAUCAGAGAGAGCAGAGUCUAUUUCCUCUGGUUUUCUAUCAAUGAAGACUGACAAAUCCAUGGAAAACCCUGUUCAUUUCAAAGGAGCAGACUCUCUACAAAACAAAGGGCCAGGAGCGGUACCCUGUGAUAUCUGCUCUGAGGUCCAAGCUCUGAAGUUCUGUCAGACCUGCAGUGUGUCCUACUGUGAGACCCACAUCAGACAGCACUAUACAAUACCUAAACUAAAGAGACACACACUGGUGGAUGUGACUGGAGACCUGGUGCAGAAACUCUGUCAACAUGACUACAGUCCUCUGGAGGUGUUCUGCAGGACAGACCAGAUGCUGAUCUGCAGUCAGUGUGCAGAGACAAACCACAAAGGACAUGAUACCACCCUCCAUGAGAUAAAUAAAACAGGAAGACUGCAUAAGAGUUUUGAUGGAGACCAACACACAACGCUGUCCUCAGAUGAUGUGCUGCCCCCUCCUGGUGACAUCCAGGUCCUGUUGCUGACAUUAGACUGUGUCUCUGAGCUGGAGUUCUCCUCAGGGGGUUAAAAGUCCACACAAGUUCAGGGUCACUUGGAAAUGUGACGGGGAAACAAGCUCAUCAAUAGUGAAAGGCGGGUAUCAUCUUAAAAUAAGCAGACUCAACCCUGGUAAAAAGUACCAGUUCAAUGUGGCUACAGAGGGAGAAGAUGGAAGACAAAGCAGAUGGAUCUCUGUAUCCACAGUGGUUCCACCCAGAGACUUAAAGGUAGACCAUUUGAAAGAUACCUCCUUCACUCUCCACUGGACCAAGGCUGAAGAGAUGGAGAUAGUUCCACAACGCUUCCUCAUAUCCUACUACAGCUCAGUAACUGACCUCCAUGCAGAGAAUACUGAAGACUGCCACACAACAUUCUCAAACCUGCAACCUGGUACUGAGUACACUGUCAGUGUGUCUACUGUGCUGAAGAAUGGGGAACAGAGUGAACCAGUCUCUACAACCAUCUGCACUAUACUUCCUGCUCCAGACCAGCUGACUGUUGACUCAGUGGACACCACAUCAGCUGCUGUUAGCUGGAGCCAGCCACCAGGAUUGGACCAAACUCAACAUCAUUACCAGAUCUCCUACC